AUGUCGCCGCACGAGAGACCAAAACUGCAGAGGGACAUCAAACCGAGGGAGGACUUCGACAUGGAAACUUUGUUGCAAUAUGGGAACCAAAAUCUCCCAGAAGGCAAUCGGGCAUGUAAGAUAUGUACAAUACCAAAGGCGACCUAUAAUGUGUCACCCAAGAACUCGUGCAGGGACAAAAACUACAAAAUAGUCUUUCUGAUAAAUUCUUAUCACUCUCAUACUGAAAAGAGAAAAGCGAUACGGGAGACGUGGGCAAAUCCCGCUCUUAACGUGACACGUGACUUCAAAGUUGUAUUUCUCAUUGGAUACCACAAACACCGUGAAGAUUUGAACGCUCUCGCGCGGCGGGAAAAUGAUAUAUAUCACGAUCUUGUCAUAGGUGACUUCAUAGAAAGCUAUGCCAACUUGUCUAGAAAAACCUUAUUGGGCUAUCAAUGGAUUGUUGAGAAUUGCAUGAAUGCAGAAUUUGUCAUCAAGACAGACGAUGAUAUUUUGAUAGACAGCAGACGGAUCUAUGGCAAGCUCAAGACCGAAAUGGUGGCAACAAGCGCCCUUUUCGGGAACUGCAUGUAUUCCGGUGUACCACACCGAAACCCCCGUUCAAAAUGGUACUCGCCGUACCGGUUCUACCCCUACCAAUACUACGGCCAUUUUUGUCUUGGUUCAUUGUUUAUUCUUAAGGCAGCCGACAUUGCGAAGAUGUGGCACAAUUCUCGCAAUGUUUCGUAUUUUCACAUAGAAGACGUUUACACAUCUGCUCUGCUUACGGAGUCAGUGGGCAUUGAAAGGAGGGUGGCCAGAGGAUUUAACUUACAGGGAGACGUGGCGGCUUCUCCUACAGACGGCAAACACACUAUGGCCCAGCUUCUAGACACUCCAAAUGAUUUCUACGAAGUAUGGCAGUCUUAUCUGCGUCACUUUUAA